AUGUAUUCUAAUUGCUUUACUACUGAUUUCUUCUUCCUCAUGUUGUCCUCUUUGUUUAGUAACUAUUUCCUUUUGAGUUGUUUGACAGAAUAUGCAUAUACAAUGCAAGUUACAGCACCCGGAAAUGUUUAUAGCUAUGGGGUUGUUUUGCUUGAGAUCCUUACAACCAGACUACCUGUUGAAGAGGCCUUUGGUGAAGGUAUAGAUUUGGUAAGAUGGGUUCACAGUGCUCCUGGAAGAGGGGAAACCCCAGAGCAGAUACUAGAUGUGAGGCUUAGCACCGUCUCAUUUGCUUGGAGAAAAGAAAUGCUCGCAGCGUUGAAGGUCGCGUUACUUUGCACUGAUAACACACCAGCCAGACGGCCCAAAAUGAAAAAGGUGGUGGAAAUGCUUCAGGAAAUCACACAAACCUAA